AUGGCUGUUGAUUUUAUCAGCAAGUGCCUGUACAGAAUGUUCCCACCUGAGUACUUGCAGUUCUCAUUUUUGAGGGAAAGGGUGAUCGGGUUGGCUAAAGAGAUGAAGAGGUUAUAUGAUAUUGUGAAUAAUAAUGAAGCUAAUAUGAAUACCGCGACGAGACAGUUUAUAACUAUGAAGAAACAGUUUGACGAUGCGGCUAAGAAGGUGAUCGAACUAGAAAGUCGGUUUAGAGGAGCAAGCAAAAAAGAUGAGGAGCAAGCAAAAAAGGUGGAUGAGAAAGCCCAACAGCUGAAGGACCAAGCCAAGAAACAGAAGGAACAAGCCCAGCAAUUGGAGGACAAGGUUGUGGUUAUACAAGAUCGAGAUGAAGCUUUGUCAAAGGUGAAAGAAGAGUUGUCGACAGUUAAAAGGACUUGGACGACGCUUUAG